UCCAGAAUCAACAUACGCAGCUCAUCUCCACAGUGCAGAAAACUUUCAAUUGUAGUCACACCUGCAGUGCUGAGGAGAGCUCGCGGCUCAAGUCAUCGCAUUGCAAAAUGUCGAAGCGCAAUUUCGAAGGAUCUCGUGGCGGCACCGCCUCGAAAAAGCAUCAAGUACAACAUCCACGCAACAUAACCUCUUCGCCGGUGACAGGCCCGGUGGGCCCACAAGCUGUACCACUGCCAUCAAAAUUGCCCCAGCUUCCUAUCAUCUCUUCGGCAUCCCUCAAAGAUGCCCCGUUCCGUCAUAGUUCAACUAUACAUGGCACGCGUGAUGCACAGUCACAAAGCUACGAUCAGCUCGAGUUUCUGGGCGAUGCGUAUUUAGAAGUAUUCGCUACCCGGCUCAUCUUUAAUCAAUAUUCGCAUCUUCCUGCUGGGCAGAUGAGCCAGUUGCGCGAGCAGCUGGUCAAGAACGAAACGCUUGCUGGGUACAGUAUGGCAUACGGUUUUGACACAAAAGUCAACAUCGCCGAUGCCGAGCGUGAGAGAAUGAAGGAAGGGUCCCGUGACCGUGGCAAUAAAGGGUUUAAUAAAAUCCUGGGCGAUGUUUGGGAGGCGUACAUUGCGGCGGUCGUGCUGGAUGAUCCCAAGAAUGGUGAGAAAAUGGCAGAAAAAUGGAUGUGCGAGCUCUGGCUACCCAAAGUGCUCGCAACUGUCAAGGUGAGUCACAGUAACCACAAAGUCAUCACCAAGGAAGACAGCAGCCUUCAGCCGGCGACAUCUCCAAUGAAUGAUCCACGCCAUGUGUAUGAUUCAACGGCAAAGGCUCAGUUACAAAAGCGCAUCGCUUCCAAUGAGACGCGGCUCGAUUAUGAACCAUACAAGGCCCCAAUAGAACUCAAAGGCACUCAGAUUGGCCAGAGUCGACACUUCAUCGCCCUCUACUACACCGGUUUCGGGUACCAGCGUGAACUUCUCGGAAAGGGUGAAGGCAAGAAUAAAGUGGAAGCGGGUAAUUGGGCUGCGUUAGAAGCAAUGUAUGGAGACAAGAAGUCGCUGGUGGAUCGGUGUGAGUCUAAGCUAAAGGAAGCGAAAGAAGCGAGACGGCGACGUAUUGAGCAAGAGAAUGCAGCGGCGACUUAGGACUCUGGCACUCUGUGUGGACCAAAGGCUCUCACAUAUCAGCUUGUUCAUUAUCCAAAUGUCGAUCAAAAUGAUUCAUGUUCAAAAGAAUGCAGGCCAGCAUGGAAAAGCCUCGACGAUGUGAUUCACAGCCACACUGUGCAGAAUUGCUGGUCUUUCCGCACACUCUCGAGCAAUGUGUUGGCAACAUUUAUAAAGUUAAUUAUGAGAUUUACU